AUGUCCAGUUUGAUGGGAGCUGGUGCCUCCAACAGUCCCCUAAACGCUUCCACAACUUCGACCUCGACUGGACUAGGCACUCAAACUCUAUGCGGCUCUGGUGGAAAUCUUGGUGCAAUGGGAGCCUUGGGCUCAAGCACAGGACUGAGAAACAGUGUCCCGACGACAAGCCCCCAAGGGGGCGACUCAAGUUCUGACUGCACCGGAUCUUCUUUCGUAGGCUCCUCAGGGCAUUUUGGCCACUCUAAUAAUUAUCCAUCUGGAUCUGGGGGUAGCGAAAGCGGUACCACGACUGGUGGACAUUCGUUUUACACCACCUCUCAGUCAGUCGGAGCCGCGACCGCCUUUCCAUCCGCGCUUCGGCCCACUGGCUUCCGCCUUCGUGCAAGCUCUGGAAAUGUUGGUUGUAGUGGCGGAGAGAGCACUACUAAUGGUGGGACGGAUGGAUACAAGUCCAGUCACCCACCACUUCAUUCAUCUGGUCAGACGAGUUUCGGCGGGCCGCCAAUAGAUCUGGUAACCACCCCACCAGCCCAGCAGCAAUUGAUGUCUAUAUCAAAUAUCUCAACAUCCCCAACAAGACAAGUAUUGUCUAUCCCAUCUCCUGGAGGCACAAUUCAAGCCGCUGCUCUAUCCGCUUCCACCCCUUCGCAAUUAUGUCUCCAGGCGAAUUCUUCCAUUGCUUUGCCUCUCAUUAAUGCUAGCAAAGGAAAUAUUAGCAUCAAUGGAGGCAAUGACAGCAGCAAAACUGGAAGCUCCGGUGAUAUUUUGGACUCUCAACUACCCAGUGAAUUAGUCGCCUCUAGCGUCGGUUGUCCCUCGCAGACUGAUGGUUAA